AGCCGCUGUCCGCUAUAAACAGCCGAUACCGGCAGCCGCCGCCCUCCCGGUGCGAGCAUGAGCCGCCGUGACCGCGACCCCCGGGUGCCGCCGCCCCUCACCGCGGCCCCGGGGCGGCUGGCGGAGGCGGCGGCAGCGCGGGGCGCGGAGCGGGAGGAGCUGGCGGCGCUGAACGAUCGUUUCGCCGCUUUCCUGGAGCGGGUGCGGGCGCUGGAACGGCAGAACGGGACCCUCCGAGCCGCCCUGGGCCGCGCCACCGCCGCCACCGGGCCCCGCACCGGGCUGGUGCAGGGGGAGCUGCAGGGGCUGCGGGAGCGGCUGCAGCGCCUCGGCCGCGACCGGGACCGGCUCCAGGCUGAGCGGGACGGGCUCGCCACCGACCUGGCGGCCCUGCGGCAGCGGCUGGAGGACGAGACACAGAAGCGUGAGGAUGCCGAGAAGAGCCUGGUGCUGUUCCGCAAGGACGUGGAUCACGCCACGCUGUCUCGCCUGGAGCUGGAGCGCAAGGUGGAGCUGCUGAUGGACGAGAUCGGCUUCCUCAAGAAGCUGCACGAGGAGGAGCUGCGGGACCUGGAGGUGAGCGCGCCCAGCCCGGCGGGGCUGGCCGAGGCCGAGGUGUGCAAGCCGGAGCUGACGGCGGCGCUGCGGGAGAUCCGCACCCAGUACGAGAGCAUCGCCGUCAAGAACCUGCAGGAGGCCGAGGAGUGGUACAAAUCAAAGUUUGCCGAUCUCUCGGACGCAGCAAACCGCAACCACGAGGCGCUGCGACUGGCCAAGCAGGAGAUGAACGAGUCCCGGAGGCAGAUCCAGAGCCUCACCUGCGAGGUGGACGGGCUGAAGGGCGUGAAUGAGGCGCUGCAGCGGCAGAUGCGGGAGAUGGAGGAUGAGUUCGGGGAGGAGAUCGGGAACUACCAGGACGUGGUGGGGAGGCUGGAGCAGGAGAUCCAGCAGAUGAAGGAGGAGAUGGCGCGGCACCUACGCGAGUACCAGGACCUGCUGAACGUCAAGAUGGCCCUGGACAUCGAGAUUGCCACCUACCGAAAGCUGCUGGAGGGCGAGGAGAGCCGGAUCACCAUCCCACUGCACCCCACCUCCUCCUUCAGCAUGAGGAGCUCAGUGCUGGAGCCCCAGCCUGCCGAGAGCCCUGCACGGAGGACGGUGCUCAUCAAAACCAUCGAGACACGGGACGGACAGCAAGUGGUGACGGAGUCGCACAAGGAGCGAGCGGGGAAGUGACAGAGAGGAGCUGCUGUGAUCUCCCCGACCCCACGGUGGGGUUUUGCCAGCCCCUGCUGCAUCCUGGGUGGGGGUCUGGGAGCGCCCCAAACCCCAUUCCUGCUGCCAGCACCACGGCCAAACGCUGUGGUGCGUUCCUGUGCCUUUGCAGUGUGUCCCCGUGCCUUGGCCCCUCACUAUUUAUCGCUAUUUAUUGCCUAUUUAUUGCCUAUUUAUUAUUCUCCCAACCUCAACCCCGGCUGUAUUUAUUAUCGAGUGUUCUCCAGGCUGCCCUGGGGCAGAGGGAGUCCCAAAUUCGCUCCCGCCACCAGAGCUGGCACCGGCUGUCCCCGGGGUUGGCAGGUCCGGUGACAUCCAAGCGCUGUCCCCUCCGGUGUCCCCGCCAGGGGAGUGGGGCAGAAAGGGAAGA